AUGCCCUCUUUAUUUAAUGAGCAACUAGCUAUAAUACCAUCCGAAACCAGCACUAGGGCUUUAUGUCUCAUACUUCCUCCUAUAAGGACUAGAGCAUUGGAUAGAUCUGUUAAGACAGCGCCCCGCCGCUCAGGUCCCAAAAUCAGAGCAUCGGAUAGGCUUCUUGAGUUAGCAACCCUCAGCUCAGAUGUCCACACAACGACAAACGAACUUUUAGAAACCAGAUACAACACCAAUAUCAAAUUUGGUUUGAGUUCUUCAGUGUCUGGCACCAUGGCUCCGGGAGCAUCACAACUCGGUUUUGAUUUUGGUCGCAGUCGGUCUACUAGGCCCAGACCUGACCUACGCUGGAUAAUUAAUGACUCUGGGAAUUUUAAAACUGUGGUCGUAUAUCAUCGCGUGUGGAUGGGCGAGUAUGACCCAAUCAUAAACUUGCGAGAAGAAGCCAUUCAAAAAAGUACAGAUACAGUUACACAGUCUCUUAUCGCCAACUGGAACGAUUUCACUGACCUGGACACUAAAUUUAUUGAAUCAAGUCCAAUAGACUGGUUGUUUCCCCUAAUCCGAGACUUAAAAGCGUAUUUUCUCUUUGAACUCGGAGAACUGAAAUAUAGGAUUCAAUAUUGGCUUGGGGUUUCUUACGUUCUUAUGGAUAUCUCGCAAAUCGAACAAGCUUAA